AUGGCACAGAAGAAUCCUUUGACCCUAGAUGUACCACUGGAGGACAUAGAGCGGGACACCGUUCGACCCAAAACCGACGGACACGAUUCUCCUCAAAAUGCGGCGGGCGGCAAUGGAGCAAAUAACGGUCAACCUGGAGUUAGCAGCGUCGAAGCCUUCAACCGUGUUCUCUACCACUCGGGGAAGCGAGGAAAGGUGCUGCUCAUAACCCUUGUGUUCUCGAUCGGUCUCACGAUGUUUGCAUAUGCCUUGGAUCAGGGAAUCACGUCCCAAUUCAACACCAUGGCAACGUCUUCCUUUUCCAUGCAUGCAGAACUCGGAGCAGUCAACACUGCCAGCCAAAUCAUUCGAGCCAUCUCAAAGCCAUUCAUCGGAAAGCUUGCAGAUAUCACCUCGAGACCGACAACAUACUUGGUUGUGCUUGUUUUCUACGCGGUAGGUUUUGCCGUGGCGGCUAGCUGCACAAAUCUCGCCGCAUACACGGUUGGGAUUUGCUUCACAGCAUUUGGCAAGUCAGGCCUGGAUCUCCUGAGCGAUAUCAUCGUUGGUGACUUGACAACCCUCCAGUGGCGCGCCUUCUGGGGUGGUAUGCUGAGUACACCCUUCCUGGUCACCACAUUUGUGAAUGGCUUUAUCGCAGAAAGCUUCAUUCCCGAGAAGUGGAGAUGGGGUUUGGGAAUGUUUGCGAUCAUGGUCCCUGUUCUGCUCAUUCCCGCGAUCUGGAAUCUCUACGGGAUGCAACACAAAGCCAAGAAAGCCGGAAUGAUCAGCAUGGGUGACAGCGGAAAUGCCCGUAAAAAUGGAGAGAAAGUCCAUGGGGUUUCAGCAUAUGCUGGCUUGGCAUGGCAUGGAAUUAUUGAGAUCGAUCUUGCCGGACUGGUUCUUCUGGGGCUGGCUUUCUCUCUCAUCCUUCUCCCCUUCACCCUAGCCCAGUCUGCUAAGGGUGGCUGGAGCAAUGCUAGCAUGAUUGCUAUGCUGGUUUGUGGACUAGUCAUUCUAGUCUUGUUCGGAAUCUUUGAAGUUUGGUUUGCGCCAAAGCCAAUCAUGACUCGACGCAUCCUCAAAAACAAAGCGUUCCUUGCCGCUGUUAUGGUUGACAUAUUCAACCAAAUGGCCAGUGCAACAAGGAACAACUACUUCUCGUCGUAUAUUUACAUCAUCAAACCCUGGUCCAACUAUGUGUGGACUGUGUUCCUUGGCACUACGACUUUGUGUCUCUGCCUAUUCAGUCCUCUUGGCGGUCUGCUACACGCGAAAACACAUCGAUUCAAGUCCCUCAUGGUCACAGGUGCCGUGCUGAAGUUGAUCGGCUACGCGAUUCUUAUGACAGGCUCCAAUCGCAGUACCGAGAAAACCGGCGCUCUUGUUGCUUCCCAGAUUCUUCUUGGAACUGGAGCCCUGACUGUGAUUGGCGCCCGAGUUGGCUCACAAGCAUCUGUGCCACACGAGGAUAUGGCCACUGUCAUUUCAAACUUGUCUUUGUGGAGUACUCUGGGAAGUUCAGUUGGAUAUACUAUCGCCUCGUCAAUUUGGACCGAGAAAAUGCUGGAUUAUAUGAGAGAGGAGUGUCCUGCCGGCACCCCCGAAACUACACUGAAAAAGAUCUAUGGAUCUAUCAAAGUACUUCGCACGAAGUACGAUUGGAAUGACCCGAUUCGCCAGGGUGCCAUUCGAGCAUAUACCAGGACUAAUGGGGCUAUUUUCAUCACCGCAACCCUUCUUGCUGUGAUUCCGGUCAUCUUUUCGUUGAUGAUGCCAGAUUAUUAUCUUGGAAAACAACAGAACGCAGUUACUAACACCGGACUCGACGGCCAGCCCAUUGAAGUUCCCAAGAGACAGGAGUCCCCUAACCAGCACGGAGUCUGGAAUCGUGUCAAGAGUGCCUAUUACAAAGACCGUUGA